CCUGUCCCAAUAAAAUCUUUUGACCUUCCAAAAGGUUUGAGACUUAAUCUGUAGCUUUCCCUAAUAUUUUGCCAGCCACCCCGAGUGAAUCUCCACGAGGCUGCACAUCGGCUUGGAGGACAGUCCUUAAGUCCCAGAGUGCCCACUUGGAGCUCCACCUCUGACCUCACAAAGGCUGCUUCAGAACUCAGUUUCCAUGGCACCGCUGGCAGGAAGAGGGAUGCUAUUUUGGGCAGUGUAUCUGGACUUGUCUCAAGCGGCACCAGCCAAACCCCUGCCUUACUGACCUCUCCCCUGGAGGAGCAGGAGCAGCGCUCGAGGCCGCCCUGGGAGGGCUGAGAGGCGGGCUCUGGACUGGGGACACAGGGACAGCCAAGCCCCAGCUGAGGGUGGAAGCUGAGCCAGGGACGGUCAUGGAGGAACAAGAUCAGACGCACUUUAACUAAGAAGCCCCCAAGGCAGAGGCUGAGAAUCAGAAGAUAUUUCAGCAGAUCCUGUGUUGCUGUGUGACACAAGCACACAGACCCUUUCUCUUGGCCUCAGUUUCCUUACCUGUAAUUUGGCUGUUGGGAGGACCAGCAGUGGGGCAGAGAUGGCAGCAUCUACAAAUCUGCCAGACAAAACAUGAUUCACGCAUCCAAGCACAGGCGGUCCACCCGCAGCUCCAAAAUGGUUUCCUGGUCCGGGAUAACAAGGAUACAGCAAAUACUGCAGAAGAAGUUGGUGCGAGAGUUCCUGGCCGAGUUCAUGAGCACGUAUGUCAUGAUGGUGUUUGGCCUUGGUUCCGUGGCCCAUAUGGUUCUAAGUAAAAAACAUGGGAGCUACCUUGCUGUCAACUUGGCUUUUGGCUUCGGUGUCACCAUGGGAGUGCAUAUGGCAGGCAACAUCUCUGGGGCCCACAUGAAUGCAGCUGUGACCUUUGCUAACUGCGCGCUGGGCCGCCUGCCCUGGAGGAAGUUUCCGGUCUAUGUGCUGGGUCAGUGCCUCGGCUCCUUUCUGGCGGCUGCCACCAUCCACACCCUCUUCUACACGGCCAUUCUCCACUUUUCGGGUGGACAGCUGAUGGUGACCGGUCCUGUAGCGACAGCUGGCAUUUUUGCCACCUACCUUCCUGAUUACAUGACAUUGUGGCGGGGCUUCCUGAAUGAGGUGUGGCUGACCGGGAUGCUCCAGCUGUGUCUCUUUGCCAUCACGGACCAGGAGAACAACCCAGCACUGCCGGGAACACAGGCGCUGGUGAUAGGCAUACUCGUGGUCACCAUUGGGAUGUCCCUUGGCAUGAACACAGGAUAUGCCAUCAACCCAUCCCGGGACCUGCCCCCCCGUAUCUUCACCUUCAUUGCUGGCUGGGGCAAACAGGUCUUCAGCGAUGGGGAGAACUGGUGGUGGGUGCCAGUGGUGGCACCACCUCUGGGUGCCUAUCUAGGUGGCAUCAUCUAUGUGGUCUUCAUUGGCUCCACCAUCCCACGGGAACCCCCAAAAUUGGAGGACCCUGUGACGUAUGAAGAUCACAGGAUAACCGUAUCGACCAAGAUGGAACCUCAUGCAUCUGUGGCCUCUCCCCUCACCCCUGUCUCCGUGAGCCCUGACAACAGACCUUCAGUCCGCCUGGCCCCCACCUUACAGGAAUCCAUGGCCCAAGAACACUUCUAAGUAGAGAGUCUUUGUGAUCCCACCCCCACCCCAAUAAAGCAAGCCUUAUCCCACA